UUGGGAUAAAAAUUCAUUCUUAAUCUCUCAUAUAUUUUGAGAUUUUUCUUGUUUGAACAAAGAAGAAAAUCAUCAAUUUCAUCAUGAAAUUCGCCACCAUUUUUGUAUUUAUUGCUAUUGGAACAUCCGUAGUGAUCGGUGAUCAUAGUGAAGAACAAGCUAUUCGUCUUCCAUUGCCUAAAGCUAUAAAUGAACGUUUUCCAUGGAUGAUCAAUGAACCAAUCACAAAUGGUGAAAGAAUCGUUGGCGGUGAAAAUGCAUCACCCGGUGAUGCUAUUUAUCAAAUUGCAUUGUUACGAAAAGAUUCAUUUACCUGUGGUGGUUCACUUAUAUCAUCAAGAACCGUAUUGACUGCUGCUCAUUGUGUUUUUGGUGAUGAAGCAUCACCAUCAUAUUUCAAGAUCCGUUACAAUACAUUAGAUCGAACUAAUGGUCCAACGAUUGGUGUUAGUAAAAUUUAUCGCCAUAGUUUAUAUUCAUCAACGACCAUUGAUUAUGAUGUUGCUACAUUGAUUUUAUCUGAACCAUUUACACCAUCGGCAAAUGCCGAUAUUAUUUCAUUGACCACAGCCGAACCAGCUGAUAAUACACAACUUCAACUUACUGGCUGGGGUAGACUUAAAUCCGGUGGUACAAUACCUACCCUUUUACAGAUUGCAACUAUAUCGAAAAUGUCUAGAACAAAAUGUUCGAAUAUUUGGGGUUCAGUAAAUGCCAUCACUAAUCGAAUGUUGUGUGCACAUAGUAAAAAACAAUCAGCAUGCAAUGGAGAUUCUGGUGGUCCAUUAGUUUACAAUGGACAUCUGGUGGGAGUUGUUUCUUGGGGCCCGUCCACCUGUCUGUCAAACACUUAUCCAACCAUUUAUAGUAAUGUUGCAACUCUACGUAAUUGGAUCAUUUCGAAUACAGUUUAAAUGAAAUAUUAUUAAUUAAUUAUUGUCAUUGUCAUUCAUCCAUUAAGUCGCUUAUUUUUUUUUAUUCAUUAUGACACUUGUUUUUGUGUGUGUCACAUUUUUUCAAAAUAAUCCGGUUUACACUGUGCAAAAAUAAAAAUACUUGCCUUUUAAUAAACAAAAAA